AACUCACUCACUCACUCACUAUACAGAUUUAACUCUAAACACAAGCAGAUCAUUCAUUCAUUCACUCACUCCCUCGCCCUCCUAAUAUAAUCAAACUCCAGUUUUCAUAUACAUAUACUCCUACAUCUCCUCAUAUACAUACAUAUCUUAUAUCUAUAUCUAUAUAUACGUUCAUCAUAUAUAUAUAUUUACAUACAUCAGAAACCCUAACUGUUCAAUUCUACUACACCAACUGUUAAUGUGUGAUUGAGUAACUUCAGAUCCGUGUAAUGGAGGAAACAACCGAAGUCGGAAAUGUACGGUAUCCGGUUGGCGAAACGACGUCGUUUCGAGGUUCAGCUACAGGUAGUCGCAGCAGGAGAGCUACUGUGAGACCUAGUUUAGAUGCUGAUGAAUUCAUGAAUCUGUUGCACGGUUCCGAUCCAGUCAAACUUGAACUUAAUCGUUUAGAAAAUGAAGUUAGAGAUAAGGAUCGAGAAUUGGGGGAAGCACAAGCUGAGAUCAAAGCGCUUCGGUUAUCCGAACGAUUACGAGAAAAAGCUGUUGAAGAGCUAAGCGAAGAAUUGUCGAAGGUGGAUGAGAAGCUGAAGCUGACAGAAUCUCUUCUAGAAAGCAAGAAUCUUGAGGUCAAGAAAAUCAAUGAUGAAAAGAAAGCAUCAAUGGCAGCUCAGUUUGCAGCAGAAGCCACUCUGCGAAGAGUUCAUGCUGCUCAAAAAGAUGACGAUAUGCCACCAAUUGAGGCUAUCCUUGCACCAUUAGAAGCUGAGCUCAAGAUUGCUCGGCAAGAGAUUGCAAAGCUACAGGAUGACAACAAAGCAUUAGAUAGACUGACAAAGUCAAAGGAGGCUGCUUUAUUGGAAGCUGAGAGGACUGUUCAGGUUGCCUUGGCAAAGGCUUCGCUAGUGGAUGAUCUUCAGAACAAGAACCAGGAACUGAUGAAGCAAAUAGAAAUUUGCCAGGAGGAAAAUAAAAUUAUGGAUAAAAUGCAUCGUCAAAAGGUUGCUGAGGUUGAGAAGCUUACACAAACAGUACGGGAGCUUGAAGAAGCUGUUCUUGCUGGUGGUGCUGCUGCCAAUGCAGUGCGGGAUUACCAACGGAAAGUUCAAGAGAUGAAUGAGGAACGAAAAACUCUUGACAGAGAACUAGCUCGUGCAAAAGUUACAGCAAAUAGAGUGGCAACAGUUGUAGCUAAUGAAUGGAAGGAUUCUAAUGAUAAAGUGAUGCCAGUAAAGCAAUGGCUUGAUGAAAGAAGGUUCUUGCAGGGUGAGAUGCAACAAUUGCGAGAUAAAUUAGCAAUAACCGAACGUGCUGCAAGAUCUGAAGCCCAGUUAAAAGAAAAAUAUCAAUUACGACUUAGAGUGCUGGAAGACACUUUAAGAUCACCUAACCCCAUUAAUCGUAGCAGCUCAUCAGAUGGAAGAAGCAUGAGCAAUGGUCCUUCACGCCGCCAGUCUUUAGGUGGAGCCGACAACUUUACCAAAUUGCCCUCCAAUGGAUUUUUGCACAAGAGAUCACCAUCAUUUCAGAUGAGAUCUACGUCCUCUUCAGGUUCCAGUUCUGUGUUGAGGCAUGCAAAGGGUACAUCAAAGUCAUUUGAUGGUGGUAGCAGAUCACUCGAUAGGAAUAAGCUUAACUUAAAUGGCUCCAAUAGUCCUACUUUUAAUCUCGGACAAUCCCUUGAGGCAAUCCAGGUGAAAAGCACAGAUGAAAAACCGAGUGAAUUCUUGGGAACUGAGACCGAGGAUGCAGUACCGGGAUUGUUGUACGAUUUGCUGCAAAAAGAGGUGAUUUCUUUGAGGAAAGCGGGGCAUGAGAAAGAUCAAAGCCUAAAAGACAAGGAUGAUGCCAUCGAGAUGCUAGCAAAGAAAGUAGAUACGUUAACCAAAGCUAUGGAAGUUGAAGCAAAAAAGAUGAGAAGGGAGGUAGCUGCAAUGGAGAAGGAGGUAGCUGCUAUGCGUGUUAACAAAGAGCAAGACAACAGGGCUAAACGGUUUGGUAGCUCGAAGGGUUCUAUGAAUAGCUCUCAGAUAAAUCCUCCCAGGAAUGUGGCACGAGGUGGGUUGACACGGAGCACCCAAUAACAUUACAAAACAACUACCUUGUCUCUUCGUUUUCAGCCUUCCUUUUUACCAUUUUACUAUUUUACCGUUAUCAUGGUGGAUAUGAACAUGUAAGUAACGUACCAAUAUCUGGUGUCUUCCGGGCACUCUGAAGAUGAAAAAAAAAGAGAGUUGGAGAAGACAACUGGUAGGGGGUGUAUGCUUUUUGACCAAUUGGUAGAAAGCAGGGAAACAAGUGGAAGGAUACUAAAUCUGAGCUAACCUUUCAGCAGUUGGUUGUGUGGUUGUAUAGCUUUGGUAUGGAUGGAAACGGGGUCAGGUUGACCUGACCUGGAGUUUGCAGUUCAGUAUUUUGUUAUCUGAGCUUCCUGUAUUUUCAUCCAAGCUUGUUAAUAUUGUUAUUAAAUGAAGAAAGAAAUGAAGAGUUUAAGUAGUAGUGUUUUAUUGAUUGUGGGUUGUAUUGUUACAAUUUUCUGAUUCAACAGUUAUAAAGUUUAAACCACAAUUAUUUGUGCUCA